AUGGCCUCCAAAUUUGCGCCUUGGGCCUUUCGAAGCGGCGCAAGAGCGCUGCGCGCCCCAAUACAGCAGCAGCGGCGCUCAUUCCAGGUGUCGAGUGCGUCUCGGAGCGCCUCCCUCAUGGUGGUAUGCUGUCAUCCAUUCGACCGCCCUACUCUCGCGGAUACCUAACCACAGCCAUCUAGCACCGCGAUACACCAGAGAACAACCCGUCGAUUCCUUUCAAGUUCAACGCCCAGAAUGAGGAGCUUAUCAAGGAAGUCCUCUCGCGAUACCCGAGCCAGUACAAGAAGGCGGCCGUCAUGCCCCUGCUGGACCUGGGCCAGCGCCAACAUGGCUUUACAAGCAUCAGUGUCAUGAAUGAGGUCGCGAGGAUAUUGGAAAUGCCUCCAAUGAGAGUAUACGAGGUGGCUACGUUCUACACCAUGUACAACCGGAACCCAGUGGGAAGAUUCCACGUCCAGUGCUGUACGACGGUAUGAUGAUCGCCUGGGUAGCGCGCUUGGAGUGGAAAUGCUGACUUCACUAGACACCUUGCCAACUGCGCGGUAGUGAUGGCAUUAUGAAGGCAAUCGAAGAGCAUCUUGGCAUCCAUCACGGCGAGACAACGCCAGACAACAUCUUCACAUUCACCGAAGUUGAAUGCCUCGGCGCCUGCGCCAAUGCACCGAUGGUUCAGAUCAACGAUGACUAUUACGAGGACUUGACGCCUGAGACUACCAAGGAGCUUCUCACUGCACUCAAAGAGGCCGCUGAAAAGACCGGCGCAAGCGGAUGGGCACCAGGCCUGGUCGGCGAUAGCGGAAAAGAGCAGGUCUCCGGACAACCGACUGGCAAGGAAGUUAAGUUGGGCGGAGAAGGAUACUCGGCGCAAGGCGUAAAGAUUCCCGCACCAGGCCCUCUGAGCAAGCGCAUCUCUUGCGAACCGGCAGCUGGCCAGACGACAUUGAUGGGAGACCUGCCUACACCGGAACAGACGCUGAGGAAAGACGGAGCACUAUGA